GUCAGACCGAUGGACCACUAAUGUCGACACCGAUUUUCCCUAGCGGUAAUUCUGCUCGACUAGUACCUUACCGAGACCUCUCCGACCUGUCCGACCUCCGGCAGGAGCGGAAGACGACGACAUCAUCGGUCGUGGUUCAUCCGGCACAUGUUGCUAUCACGACGCUGCUGACGGCGUGACGACUUCCGGAUUUAAUGCAAGGUCAUCUCCAGCCUCUUCCAGCCCUCAUCACCGCUUCAUCAACAACGUAAUCUAUAACCGCUUCUCACGAUGCUACCAUCCGCAUCAUUGAGCUGAAACUCGACGAUGCACUCAUUUACCGGCGCACCCACCUCUCUACCAGCUGUCGGGUGUCUUGUCGAUGUUUUUGGCCAGAAACCACAGCAACUCGAGAGCUCUGAUUACCUACCCCACCAUUCGGCCCCCAAAAGUCCAGACCCCAACUCACCACUACCACCACCCGGGCCAUGCCCGGCUUCAACUUGCACUGCAUGGCUGCUGCAUCGAGCUGCACGAUUCACCGUUUUUGAUAACUUGACCACCCAUAAGAACCAUUACCCAAGAGCUGAAAUUCUCGCUGAAACAUUGCUGUCAGUGUUGAAUGGUAGAUUUCACAAUCUCGAUUCGCAAAAUCCCAUCACCGAUUCUGUGACGGUCCUGGGCGGAGUCAAUCCCUCCCCUUUUCGACUGCUUCAGAGAAACGAAAAAGACCACGGCGGGUCGGCGGGAAAGCACCAAUCGCUUGCGUGCAAAAAUGUCUUUGUUGCCUGAACGAUGAACACAUUGAAGUCAAUUUCAAUUUCACCAAAUCCGUCUGUCGUCAAAUUACACAUGUUUGAAGGACCAUCAGUGGAUAUGUCUUUUGUUACCUCUAGUUAUCCCCGCGACCCAGUAAUCGGACCCCCGGCCAGUAGCCCCGAAUACCCCCGACCGCCGCGGUCGAUACCGUAAUUACGUACGCGUAUGUAUUACGGUACAAACCCACGACCGACGUUUAGCCACCGCAGACCAGGCGGCCAAAACAGGAACACAGGCCAGCGGGAGGAACCGUCCUUCCGAAAAAAAUAUGAUAGUCGCACGCUCGGACACGACCCGCGAAUUUGGAAGUUUAAGUCAACUCAAUUUGGGGUUUCGGGAAAUAAAACAAAUCUGCGAGGGCGAUCAGCGAUCAUCUAUCGUUUCAGGUUGUCACUGGCGCUUAUGGAGGAUUCACUCUAAUAUCUCGAGUUCAUGAUACUUUGCAGAGGCAAUAAAU